CAUUUCUUUUGAAGACAUUCUAAAGAUGGAAAGAGCAAUGUACAAAUGAAUAAAUGAAGAAUAAUCUUUGCUGAGCCACCUGCAAUAUCUCUCUUCUCUUUUUUAGACUGUGCCCUUUGCCAGGUGUGGCAUGAAGAGGUGCCUGGCAGGAGAGAGGAGAAGUGUUCCAGAGGGCGAGCCAGUUUGCUGCUACCAAUGUGACCCUUGUCCAGAAGGAACCAUUUCUAAUCAGACAGAUGCAGCUCACUGUGACCCCUGCCCAGAAAACCAAUAUCCAAACAAGGAGAAGGAUCACUGCAUUGCCAAGAAGAUCCAUUUCCUUUCCUAUCAAGACAGCCUGGGAUACAUUUUAGUUUCUCUCGCUGUUUCUCUCUCUGUGAUCACAUUGGCAGUUCUGGUGAUUUUCCGUAAAUAUCACAACACACCAAUUGUCAAGGCCAACAACCGAGAUCUCACCUACGUCCUCCUGGUCUCCCUCCUCUUCUGCUUCCUCUGCUCCUUCCUCUUCAUUGGUCGACCAGGGAAGAUCACCUGUCUCUUCCGACAAACUGCCUUUGCCAUUCUCUUUUCCCUUGCAGUGUCCUCUGUGUUGGGAAAAACUGUCAUGGUGGUUCUGGCCUUCAUGGCUACCAAGCCAGGGAACAAGACAAGGAAAUUCUUAGGAAAACCUCUGACCAACUCCAUUGUCUUAGCCUGUCCCCUGGUCCAAGUAGUUCUUUGUACCACCUGGCUGGCAACCUCUCCUCCAUUUCCCAACUUUGACUUCCACUCUUUAGUAGGAGAGGCCAUCUUGGAAUGUAAUGAAGGCUCAGCUUUAAUGUUUUAUGCUGUCCUCUCCUACAUGGGUGUUCUGGCCCUCAUCAGUUUCACGGUGGCCUUUUUGGCUAGGAAAUUGCCUGACAGCUUUAAUGAAGCCAAGUUCAUUACUUUCAGCAUGCUGGUCUUUUGCAGUGUUUGGAUCAGUUUCCUCCCCACCUACCUGAGCACCAAAGGGAAGUCCAUGGUGGCCGUGGAGAUCUUUUCCAUCUUGGCUUCUGGGGCUGGUCUCUUGGCUUGUAUCUUUUUCCCCAAAUGCUACAUUAUCCUAUUUAAACCAAAUCUCAAUUGUAGAGAGAAUAUAAUGAGACAUAAAAAUCUCUGAUGUAUAUGGGGAUGUAUGUUUAAUUUUGACAUUUUAGUUUUUGAUUUUUAAUAUAAAUGAUGAGAGAGGUGCUUUUUCCUUAAAUAAUUGGAAAUCAAGUGAUGUGCUAAUCACAAACUUUCUAAUAAUCAGCAACAAACACCCAUCCUUUUAUUUUUCAUUAAUGCCAGUUCUUCCCAGGGAGGCCCCAUGAUCAACUUGGAAAUAAAUGAUAAUAAGGUAAAGAUGUUGUUAUUACUUUCCAACAUACCUGUUCUCUUUUUUUAAUCUGAUUGGCUAUAAAAAUGCGUUGUGUUCAC